UCAGUGACAGUUCACCCCCCAAGUUCGCCCCUGGAGCUUUCCUCAUUAUUCUUGUGACAUUUUCUGACGAAAUUAUCCUGAAUUUCCGGGCAAAAAUUGCAAAGAUCUGUGUGAAAACUCUGUGAGAAAUUAGCUAAAGAUGAAUUGGUUCAAAGGAAACAUAGCUGAGGCUGUUACGCAGUCCAAGAGGAAAAAUGCAAUCUUCGUGGUCUUUGUUGCAGGUCCAGAUGAAUUGUCCACAAAUCUAGCUGCCCUCGUUGACAAUGACAUCAUCCGGAAGCAUUUGGAAUCUGAGAAAUUCGUUGCAAUUCGCAUUGAAAGCGGCUCCGAGGCUUAUCAGCAAUUUGCUCAAAUCUACCAACUUGUGCCCCUUCCGUCAAUUUUCUUUAUUGGCCAGAAUGGAACUCCCCUUGACAUUGUCACGAGCCUUACGACAAAUGUUGAGGAUUUGGAGAAGAAAAUUAAUGGGGUACUGAAGCUCAUUCCUUCACCUUCUGCCACGGGAGGUUCGCCAUCAGCUAGUGCUCCUGCUCAGCCUACUGCUGAGGCAAAAUCUCCUGCGGAAGCAAAAUCCGCUACGCCGGAAAAGAAAACUGAUGCAGAACCCACCAGUCCGGAAACGUCUUCAAGUAGUCCAACAAAUACAACUGUUGUAUGCGAGGAUGGGGUUUGUCGUCGUGUUGAAGCACCAAGUCCGUCUGCGUCAGCAGCAGCAGAUCCUCCGAUUGAUGACAAAGUGGCCAGAGCGAAGGAAUUGAUUGAGAAGAAGCGCAAAGAGAAGGAAGCCGAAGAGGCACGGCAGGAGCGUGAGAAGGAGCUCCAACGACGACGACAGGGACAAGAUGUGGCAGCACUGAAGAAGUGGCAGGAAGAUCAGGAGCUGAAGCAACUCAAGGAGGACAGAAGGCGCGAGAAGAAGGAAGCAGAUGAGGCACGGAAGAAGAUUUUGGAGCAAAUUGAGCAAGAUAAGCGGGAGAGAGCGCAGAAAUUUGCACCAAUCCCCCCAAAGAGUCCCCCAGCGGAGGAGAAGCAGAAUCAUCAUGCCCCAGUGGCCAGCGAUACGUCCCGCAUUCAAUUCAAAACACCCUCCGGUGGGACGGAAGUUCAUGUUUUUGCCAGCACAGAUCAAUUCUCCACGGUAAGGAGCUUUGUUCAGCAAGAGAUUCUCUCGGGAUCGGGCAUUAGGGAUUUUGCAUUGGCUACAACAUUCCCACGGCGGGAGUUUAGUGAGGAGCACAACACGCAGACUCUCACGGAACUCUCUCUCACCCCAUCAGCUGUACUCCUCAUCAUCCCACAGGGACGUGGAGGACCUUCUAGUGGUACCAUGAGGACUUCCCAAGUGGCCACUGCAUCACCCGGAUCGACGGCUUAUCACUUCAUCACAUCGCUCCUUUGGAGUUUCCUUUCCCCUGUUGUUUCGGUGCUAACGUACAUCAAGAAUUGGGCAUUCUCACGUCAGGAUCAAGGGCAGCAGAAGCGUGCAGCUGAGGAACAAAUUCCAGACCACGAUGCCGCAAAACGAAGGAAUUUGCAAUUCCCCGGCGAUGGCAGAGACGAUGGCCCGCAGCCGUCAACAUCUAAAGCCGGUGAGGCGGCCUACAAACGACUAGGAGCCUCCAACAUUCACAGGCUGCACGACCGCAAGGAUUCCGACGAUGAGAACAACACGUGGAAUGGGAACUCAACGCAACAGAUGUAAGGAUAAAUCCAUUUUUUUUUACUAUUUCCUCUCAAUCUUCAAGAUUCAAAGGUACAGUGUGAUGAAGAAGAAACAAAGAAAUGGGAUUUGUGGAUAUUUCUAGAUCCCCAAAAAGGAUUCUUUCAUAUUGUAAAUGUCUAUUAUUAUUAUAAAAUUAUUAUAUUCUUCAUUAAAAAAUCUUAAAUGGUCCAAAAA